UUCUUCCUUAAUAAUUCCUACAGUGAUCAUUCUCCCGCGAAGAUAGUUGCUUACGCUACAUAAAAAGCAAAAGAAAAUUGAGGGUCAACUAUUGAACUUUUGAGAUAUGUUGAAUUUUGCACAAAUCGGCGAAAAACGCACAAACGGAGCCGACGCACAUCCGAAGUUCAGUGUACACAUACGUCGGCAACAACAGUAACAUGCGUAGUUUCUUGUUAGCCGCCUAUUGAGUAUGCUCUAGGUUUUAGAAACUCUAGAAAAACAAUUCUUUGCCAAAACAACUGCUAAAUCAACACUAGCAUACCGUGAGUACCAAGAAAUUAAUGAUAUUUUAGGAACUACGAUUACGGGUUGGCCGCGCAUGAAUACAAAAAAACUCCCUAAUGAGACCUAAUGAGUGAAGACGAACGCGCAAGGUCGGUCCACGGCGGUCGUGGAAAUAACCCCUUUCAACAUGAUCAAAUUAAAAAUAAUUGCCACCAUUUUUGAAUUCGAAUCAUUUCAUUAUUUUGUUUUUACUCUCAUAAAUGUAUCUUUUUCACGGAUAAAAGGCUUCUGUCUUGUCACAGAUCGAACGAUGUCUGAUUCACUGAUGAGCUCGGCCGUUGGAAAGAAUGGAGGCGAAGGCGAUGCGAUUCGUGUGUUUGUUCGAGUGCGCCCACCUGACAGUGCGACCGCCGGUGUCAUCAGUUCAGACGCUUGUCUCCACACCGAUGAAGAUAAGAACGCUAUCAUCAUGCACUGUAAGCCUGAUGCUAAAGUCUUUACGUUUGACCAGGUCGUCGACAAGGAUGUGACACAGGAGACGGUCUUUGCAAGUGUCGGGAAGCGGAUCAUAGAGAGUGCUGUGGCAGGAUACAAUGGCACAAUAUUUGCUUACGGUCAGACAGGGUCAGGAAAGACUUUCACCAUGGUUGGACCCUCUGAGGAAUACGAAGACUUUCAGCAUCCAAAGAGAGGAGUCAUACCUCGAGGCUUUGAAUAUUUAUUCAACCUCGUCCAGAGGAACAGAGAAAUGUAUGGUGAAACCUACGAGUUCCUUUGCAAGUGUUCGUUCUUGGAAAUAUACAAUGAACAGGUGUUUGAUUUGCUCGACGCGACAUCGUCAAUACUUCAGUUGAGGGAGAAUAUGAAGAAUGGUGUUUUUGUUGAAGGUUUGACAGAAAAAGUAGCAAGUAGUGCUGCAGAUGCUUAUGAGGUGCUAAAUCAAGGUUGGUUGAACCGUCGGGUUGCGGCCACGUCCAUGAACAGAGAGAGUUCUCGCAGCCAUGCAGUCUUUACUGUGUCCAUCGAGACAAAGCAAAAGAAAGAGGGCGUGCAGAAUGUGAAGAUGUCACAACUACAUCUGGUUGACUUGGCGGGAAGCGAGAGACAAAAAGACACACACACGACGGGAGUGCGAUUAAAGGAGGCUGGCAGUAUCAACAAGUCAUUGUCCAUUCUCGGUCAUGUGAUCAUGGCGCUCGUGGAUAUUGCCCACGGCAAGAGUCGUUAUGUCCCGUAUAGGGACUCGAAGCUGAGCUUUCUUCUACGGGACUCACUGGGAGGCAAUGCCAAAACCUGUCUAAUAGCCUGUGUACAUCCUGGAUCAAAAUGUUUUAGUGAGACAUUAUCCACGUUACAGUUUGCACGCCGAGCGAAGAUGAUCAAGAAUAAAGCGGUGGUGAAUGAAGACACACAAGGCAAUGUGCUCCAUCUCCAAGCCGAGAUCAAGAGACUGAAAGAAAUGUUAGCACAAUCGAUGCCAAGGGAACUAACCGCAAGUUUGCCUGGUGAAUCAGGGGACCAACCCCCACGGUUAGCAGACGUCAUCAAUACUGUUGAUAAGGAGAUUAGAAAGAAGUUUCUGGAUGCGAUGGUGUUCAGGGAGAAGUCUAUCCAGGAUAACAGGCUUCUUCACGACAAGAUGUCUAAGCUCGAGGACCAGUGCAAUAAGAGAGAGAAGUUCCUACAGUCGACCAAGAUGAUUGUCAAGUUCAGAGAGACACACAUAGUGAGGCUGGAGAAACAGCUGAAGGAAAAGGAGCUCGUGGCUGAUGUUGAUAAUGAGAAGAAACUGCUGAAAGAUGAGAUUGCUGUCUUGAAAGACCAGUUGGAACACAAUCCACAGAUCACAAAAUAUGCCGUAGAAAACCAGAAUUUGCGUCGAGAGAUCAAGCAGCUGCGAUCGCAGGACUUGGUUGUGAAUAACAUGCGAUACCAGGAACAGCGCAUUCAAGAGCUCGAGAAAACCUACCAGGAUCUUUUGACAGAAAGUCAGGCCAGCGAUGAUAAUCGUCAGACAUCGACUACCCCUGCUUGCACCCCACAGAUGUUAGAAAGUCAGGUUGCCGUGGCAACAGUUGAGAAGUAUAAGUCACAGAUCACAUCCCUCCAGGGACAAGUGGAAACGUUGAAACAAGAGCUCCAAGAACAGAAGAAUGUCGCUGAGAAACAGGCAUUGGAGCUUCAGGCUGAGUUGGCAUCGCAGCAGAGAUCUGUGAGGGAACUGGAGCAGGUCCUUGAGGCUCAUCAUAUCAAGAGCAAGAUAGAGCGUGAGACGAUGAAUGACAUGCACAUGCAAGCUAUUAAGACCAUCACCACGCCAACCAAAGUUGCAUACACACUCCGUAACCGUGACAUUGUACAGAAUAGUCUUGGUCAGCCGAUGCCACUGGACGAAGAAGAGGAGCCAGGGCUUGACCUUAUGGACGAGUCAGAACCAGUCCAGAUGACGGAACAGGCGCAGGAAGCACUCACUGAAGAGAUUAAACAAUUGCAGAAUCAGAAUAAUGAACUGAAUGAAAAGCUGGCGGAACAGGAAUCCCAGAUGCGCAAGUUGAAGCAGAACAAUUCAAAGUUGGAUCAUCAGACCCAGCAACUUGAUGAGAUAAUCAAUAAAGAACGAAACGAAUGGAAUGCGACACGGAGCGAUCUCACAAAACAAGUAACGAAACUCACAGAAGAACUCCAGGAGGUAACGUCCAUCAAAUCAAUGCUACAGGAAGAAAACAAUGAUCUGAAGGUGCUCAUGUCAUCUGCUGACCGUGAACUGGAAGCCAGUCGGAACAGAGAUCGGGAGAGUAAAUCAAGAUUUGAGAAGGAGGUGGAUGGGAUGAGGACGAAGUCCCUCCAAGUUGAGUUUGAGGUAAACCGUCUCCAGAAAGACUAUGAUGUGUUGCUUGAGGAGAAAGACAUGCUGCAAGAGUCGCUCGAGACUGCUUACAAUACGAAUGACUUUAAUGAGGAUCGUAUCCGGCAGUUGGAGCACAUGAUGAUGAUUGACCGCAACACACUUCAGGAGUCUGACAUUGAGCUGCAGGCACUCCACGAGAAGCUUCAGCAGGAGCAGGAGAGAAACCACAAACUCCAGGAAGAGUUCAUGCAGAAGGGACAAGACAAAGAGAAUGCUCUGGUACGCGCUCUCGAGGAGAAUCAACUCCUGCUACAGCAGUUAGAAUCGAAACAUAACUUGUAUGUCGGUCUGAUAGAGAAGUUCUCGCAGCUCACAUUGGAGAGAGAUGACCUGGUUGCCAAGGUGACACAGCUGCAGAAGCAGAAGACGGAGGAUAAGGAUGCCAUCAACAUGUUGAUGUCUCGGGUCCAGGAUGAGAAGAACAAGAUGCAGGUGUUACAAGAAGAGUUGUCAGCCGCGAUCUCCAAGAUCCAAGCGGAGCAGAACAGUCGUCUGAUCCAUCAGGAGGUCGUCAAUGACCUCCAUAAGAACCUGGCUGAGGCCAAGCAGCAGUUAGCAGCAAUGACAGGAAGCAAGGAGGAGCAGAGAGUUGAAAUGAAGAGAGAGCUUGAUGGUGUUAUUGAUGAGAAUGAUCAGCUAAGCGACCAGCUCAACCAGACCCAAGGCUUGCUACAACAGACCCAGACUGAACUGGAGAGCAAGGCCUGCAGAGUGGAAACACUCAAAAAGGAGCUCCAGUCCAAGAUCGAGCAGCUGAACCAAGUCCAUUCCAACUAUGAAACAAAGGUGAAAGAGGUCGAGGUCGAAGGGAAAGAAAAGGAGGACCUGAGCGAGAAAGUCUGUCGACUUCAAGAAGAGCUGAAGAAAUAUACUCUGAACCCCUACCUGUUCACGCUGUAUGUCGGGUCCUUAACAGUGGUCACAGUAAAGGAAGAGCGAGUUUCUUUGAAAGGCUUUAUUGAGGAGAGUGAGGACAGACGUAUGGCAAAGAACGAAGAGAUUAAACAGUUAAAAACUCUGCUGCAAGAUGCCACAGAUGAAGCAAGUCGACAAGAAAACCGCUUUUCUGAGCUAGAUAUUGAGUUGAGGAACAAGGAACUUGAGCUGAAACAAGUUCAAGAGAACAGUAAAAAUGUGUCUGAGGCACUGGGGCGCGUUUGUGACAACCUCAAGAAGCGAACAGACAAGCUGGAAGAACUCUUGACUGAGAAGGAAAGACUUGAGAAUGCAUUGCGGCAGUCAGAGUGUAAUCUGGAAAUGAACGAAGAUAUCCUCAAUGAAAAGUAUGAAGACGUGGAAAGACUCAAGGCCUUGGCAGAAAAGGAUCAAGCCGAGACGACAAGAUUGAAAUCUGAGGUUGAGCAACUAAAAGAGGAGAGGGCUAAAAUGCUAAGGGAAACCAAGGAAUUACAAGAGAAGCUUGGUGAGGUCCAAGAUGAGAACGCCAAGCUAGUUGGUCACCAGAAUCAUCACCAGAAGAUACAGUAUCACAUGAACAUCAAACAAGAGAAUCACCGUCUAAAAGAAGAUAUCGUACGUCUGACGUCAGAACUUGCCAAGUUCAAGGUCAAGAAGCCAGUAGAGUCGACCUUGAAGGAGAACUUCAAGCCCAAGGUCAACGAUCAGAGUAACGUCAAGUGUUAGGAGGAGGCGAAGAGGUCAGAUUGCCAUAUCAUGCAUGCAUUCAUAUUUAGAGACAGUUUCUGAAUGAGUUAACAGGUGCUGAGGGUGUCACUGCUUAAAGGUGGUCAAAUGAUCCCUGCUUAGCUUCCUUUUGAACAUGAAACCAAUGAAAUAGGCUGUUAAGAGAUGUGAUUGGUGUAUAAGCAGUCACAGACUAUUGUGGCUCAGUAAUUGUGAAUAGAUGGUCUACACUCACAUUUCCUCCUCUUAUACAUUAGAAAUACAGCCGUAGUUCAGGAAGAUAUAAACAAUAUAUUUUAUAAUAUGAUUUAUUCAAUUCAGAUGCAUUUC